UGCCGCCGCUGCCACCGCGGUACCGCUUUCGGGACUUGCUGCUGGGUGACCAGGGCUGGCAGAGCGACGACAGGGUGCAAGUUGAAUUCUAUAUGAAUGAAAAUACAUUUAAAGAGAGACUAAAGCUCUUCUUCAUCAAAAACCAAAGAUCAAGUCUGAGAAUACGGUUAUUCAAUUUCUCCCUCAAGCUACUAAGCUGUUUCCUAUACAUAGUUCGUGUGCUCCUGGAUGAUCCUACACAAGGACUUGGAUGUAAAGAAUUAAAUCGGAGUUGUUCCAACCAAAACUACACACCUGGAACAAUUGAUUGGUCUCCCAUCAUUUGGGUGAAUCGAAGCUUACCAUUAUGGGGAUUACAGGUGUCUGUGGCAGUAAUAAGUCUCUUUGAAACUCUGUUGCUAAGUUAUCUAAGCUACAAGGGAAAUAUCUGGGAGCAAAUUCUGAGAAUACCCUUUCUUCUGGAAAUAAUUAAUGCUGUCCCUUUCAUCAUCACGAUUUUCUGGCCAGUCCUAAGAAACCUGUUUAUUCCUGUAUUUUUAAAUUGCUGGCUGGCAAAGCAUGCUUUAGAAAAUAUGAUUAAUGAUCUUCACCGGGCCAUCCAACGCACACAGUCCGCAAUGUUUAACCAAGUUCUCAUUUUAAUAUCUACCUUAUUAUGUCUCAUCUUCACUUGUAUUUGUGGAAUUCAGCAUCUGGAACGAGCAGGAAACAGGUUGACUCUCUUUGACUCCCUUUAUUUCUGCAUAGUGACAUUUUCCACUGUGGGCUUUGGGGAUGUUACACCCAAGAUAUGGCCUUCAAAGCUGCUUGUUGUCAUUAUGAUCUGUGUUGCUCUUGUGGUGUUGCCCAUACAGUUUGAACAGCUGGCAUAUUUGUGGAUGGAGAGGCAAAAGUCUGGAGGAAAUUACAGUCGAUACAGAGCUCAGACAGAAAAACAUGUUGUGCUGUGUGUGAGCUCUCUGAAGAUUGACUUACUCAUGGAUUUCUUAAACGAAUUCUAUGCCCACCCCAGACUGCAGGACUAUUAUGUGGUUAUUUUGUGUCCUACGGAGAUGGAUGCUCAGGUCCGAAGGGUGUUACAAAUCCCAAUGUGGUCCCAAAGAGUUAUCUACCUGCAAGGCUCAGCACUAAAAGAUCAAGACCUGUUGAGAGCUAAGAUGGACAAUGCUGAAGCCUGUUUCAUCCUGAGCAGCCGCUGUGAGGUGGACAGGACAGCAGCUGAUCACCAAACCAUUUUAAGAGCAUGGGCAGUUAAAGACUUUGCUCCAAAUUGUCCUUUAUAUGUCCAGAUACUGAAGCCUGAGAAUAAAUUCCACAUCAAGUUUGCAGAUCAUGUUGUGUGUGAAGAGGAAUUCAAAUAUGCUAUGCUAGCUCUAAAUUGUAUAUGUCCAGCUACUUCUACAUUAAUCACUCUGCUGGUUCAUACAUCCAGGGGACAGGAGAGUCAGCAAUCACCAGAACAAUGGCAGAAAAUGUAUGGCAGGUGCUCUGGUAACGAAGUGUAUCACAUUAGCCUGGAAGAAAGUAUGUUCUUUGCAGAAUACGAGGGGAAGAGCUUCACAUAUGCUUCUUUCAAUGCACAUAAAAAGUUUGGAGUCUGUCUGAUUGGUGUUAGAAAGGAAGAUAACAAAAACAUUUUGCUGAAUCCAGGUCCUCGAUAUAUCAUGAGUUCUACUGAUAUAUGCUUUUAUAUAAAUAUCACCAAAGAAGAGAAUUCUGCUUUUAAGAAGCAAGAAAAGCAUAGAAAAAACCAUGAAUCAAAAUUAUCUUGUCAUGGAGCUUCUAGGUUACCAGUACACAGUAUAAUAGCCAGCAUGGGAACCGUGGCCAUCGAUCUACAGGACAGCGGGUGCCGCGGGGCCAGCAGGGCCACGCUGGCCCUUCCAGCCGAGGCAGGCAGGGAGGGCAGGAGGCCCAGCAUAGCCCCGGUGCUGGAGGUUGCAGACUCGUCCUCCUGCCAAACGUGUGAUCUGCUCAGUGACCAGUCGGAAGAUGAAACCACCCCAUCAGAUGAUGAAGUCUCUGCAGGCUUAGACUAUGCCAAAGGCUAUCCUCCUUACUCUCCUUAUAUUGGAAGUUCUCCCACCUUUUGUCAUCUUCUGCAUGAAAAAGUACCCUUCUGUUGUCUAAGACUAGAUAAGGGAUGCCAGCAUAACUACUAUGAAGAUGCCAAAGCCUAUGGAUUCAAAAAUAAAUUGAUUAUAGUUGCAGCAGAAACUGCUGGAAAUGGCUUAUAUAACUUUAUUGUCCCACUCAGAGCUUAUUACCGACCAAAGAAAGAACUAAACCCCAUUGUAUUACUGCUGGAUAACCCCCUAGAUGACUUAUUAAGGUGUGGGGUCACCUUUGCAGCUAAUAUGGUGGUGGUGGACAAAGAAAGCACAAUGAGUGCCGAGGAAGACUACAUGGCAGAUGCCAAGACUAUUGUGAAUGUUCAAACACUCUUCAGGUUGUUCUCCAGCCUAAGCAUUAUCACAGAACUAACUCACCCGGCCAACAUGAGAUUCAUGCAGUUCAGAGCCAAAGACUGCUAUUCUCUUGCUCUGUCCAAAUUGGAAAAGAAAGAGCGGGAGAAGGGAUCUAAUCUGGCAUUUAUGUUUCGAUUGCCCUUUGCUGCUGGCAGGGUUUUCAGCAUCAGCAUGUUGGACACACUGCUUUAUCAGUCAUUUGUGAAAGAUUUUAUGAUUUCUAUCACAAGACUUCUGCUGGGACUUGACACCACACCAGGAUCUGGGUUUCUUUGUUCUAUGAAAAUCACAGAAGAGGAUCUGUGGAUUAGGACAUAUGCCAGACUGUAUCAGAAGCUUUGUUCCUCUACAGGAGACAUUCCAAUUGGAGUCUACAGGACAGAAUCCCAGAAGCUCACAACAUCCGAGUCUCAAAUCUCCAUCAGCAUGGAGGAAUGGGAGGACACCAAAGAUACCAAAGACCACUUCAGCUGCCGUGGUAAUCACCGGAACUCAACAUCCAGUGACCAGUCUGACCACCCACUGUUGCGGAGGAAGAGCAUGCAGUGGGCACGGCGCCUGAGCAGGCGGGCUCCUAGGCACUCUGCUAAAGCUGCUGAGAAGAUCAACCAGCAGAGAAUGAACCUCUACAGGAGGUCAGAAAGGCAGGAGCUUGCUGAACUUGUGAAGAACAGAAUGAAGCACCUGGGCCUUUCUCCAGCAGGAUACGAUGAAAUGAAUGAUCAUCAGAACACCCUUUCUUACAUCCUGAUCAACCCUUCUCCAGAUACAAGAUUAGAGUUGAAUGAUAUAGUAUACUUGAUCCGACCUGAUCCGUUGACCUAUGUUCCAAAUGCUGGACCUAGCCGAAAGGGCAGCUUCUGCAAUACAGUGGGACAAGACACGAGGGAGGAGACACAACUUUGAUAUGUAACUCACCACAAAAUUUGGAGACAAUUUUAUACACGUUUCCACUAACCAUUUUGCAAAUUGAGUGGUACAUUUUAUUCAGAUUUUGGAAACAAAAUAACAGUGGGUAAGUGACCAAAUGCAGAAAUGUGGUGCCUAGAAACUCUGAUUUCAGGGAUUGUCAGGUUUGUGGCCUGUUCACUAUGGUGGUUGAACUCCGUCUGCCUAACAGAAGGAUGACCUGUUGCUGUUUAACCCAUAUGAACAAAUGUCAGAUUCCACCAUAUUUUGCUUAGAUGCUCCUAAGCAUAUUUAUGCAGGUGGCAGCAUGUCAGUGACUGAGCUUCUGACCGACAUCAGAUUAUCUGAUGCCCACAGAGAGACAUUGCCUGACUGGUGGUAGCGAGUAUGUUAAUACAUAAAGCUGACAACAAGGCUUUGUGUGUCAAGAAUUCAAUCUUUGAAAUAAUUUUCAGUCUCAGCCAGUCACCCAUUUUUAUUAAUACAGAUUUGCUUCAGUCCUAUUUUAGCCUCCAGGACCUGGGUUUUUGUUCCUUGGGUUUACACAGAUCAGGUUGGAUGACACCACCUGGUCACACUGCAGAGACUGAGAUUGUGACACAUCAAUGAAAGAAGAGCCCAGCUGCAGGAAAGUCCCUCUCAUCUCACACGGGCAGCCCCCUGCCACUGGCAAAAAACUGGGAAGUUAAUGUUCAAAGCUGCAUACAGUGGUAGCUAAGGUGAAACUCAACCCUUUGAACCUUGGUGAGAUUCACCUGAAUAGAAACCUGAAUAGAUUGUAACAAAAAAGUCAGAGCAUCCCUCUAAGGAAUGAUUCCUACAACAAGCCCUCAUGAAUAUGCCGGAACUACAGUUGUCCAAGCAUUUGAUGCCUCAUCCAGAUUACCCAAAAGUGAUACCACAUUUUCACAUGAAAUUAUGUAUCUCAUUGAAAAUUAAAGAAAUUUAUAACCCAUUCCACAAAUUGAAUGUAAUUCCACAUAGUGUGAAAAAGCAUUAUGGGCCUAAAACCUCUGCUUCAGCAUGAUGUACACAAGAAAGCAUCUACUUAUGUAAGAAGCAACUACAAUUGGUCAAGCUUUCUACAGAAUUAAGCAUGUCUAUCCAUAAUCUUCCAAGGUCAAUGUCACAAAUGGGGAAGAACAUACUCAAGGUUUUAAACCCCCUUCUGUUACAAGUAUCCACAUAGAACUAGUGCAAGUAAUUUUGCAGGUAGUCUAAUAUAGAAAAAUUGAUUAUUCUCUGAACUCCCUUGAUAUCCUACUUGUACAAAAAAAAGGUCAGUCAAAACUGUUUAUAUUCUCUUCUAUAUUAGUUGCUAGAAGUACAUUCUAUUUCUGAAACAGAAACCACAACCAAGAUGCUUAGUAAGCAACUCUGGAUGUGAGCGUGUUUAUCAGCAUUGUAAGGAUAUUGAAAUCAAGUCACGUUCAUAUUAGGGAUGACAGCAAGUCUG